AGAGAAAUAAUCGUGCUGGGGCGGCUAUAUCACCCCCGUCUCGUGCACCUGCACGGCUCCUGCAUGAAACGCGGCGAGGCUCUGCUCGUGUACGAGCUCGUGACGGGGGGCAGCCUUGACAACGUGCUGCUGGAAAGUGCGAGCGGCAAGCGCUCCUUCAGCUGGGACAUGCGGCUGCAGGUGGCGGUGGACGUGGCAGAAGGCCUCGCCUUCUUGCAUGGAAGCAGGCUCAUUCACCGCAAUCUGAAAGCCUCCAACGUGCUGCUCUCUCCCGAGUACAGUGCAAAGCUGACAGGGUUUGGGAUGGUACGAGCUGGUCCUGAUAGGCAACUGCAUUCGACAGUAUCAACUCGCAUCAUGGGCACUCAAGGCUACAUCGACCCUGCUUACAUGGCGACAGGUCGUCACGAGCAGCAUAGGUCGUUUGAUUGA